AAUGCAGUUUUUAUUUAUUAUUAUUUUCUUUUCUGGCCAAAAUCAAAUAUGUACCAAUUAGCUGACUAGUCAGUGUACUUUCCAGCACUGCAAAUAACAUCGCAUGCAAUCAAUCAUAUAUCGGAAUCGUUGGUGUAUAUGCACAUGCCCACCCAUACCUAGCGGCAGCGGCGUUUUCGUUGUGUCAAAACAACAAAGCAUAGGCAACAAAAAGCGAAUAAGAGAACAAGAAGGAAAAAUAAAAAGACGACGAACGUGAAGCCAAGAACGAAAUUCAAACGCAUUUAUUAAUUUGCGCUGUACUGAUACGCAUAUGCGGCAAACGCAACAUACAACUUUUGCUCAGGGAUCACUACUAAAUACUGUGUUCAAAAAUCCAAAAAAAAAAAAAAAUACCAUUGUGAUCUGAUAAACAACAGAAUUGAACGCCGCCACCGCGAUGAAAAUCACCGUCACCACCACCGAUGAUAAACUUUUCUUUCUAGAUGUUGCCGAAGAUUUAGAACUGGAGAACCUAAAGGCACUCUGUGCCAUGGAAAUUGGCACUGAGGUUAGCCAAAUUAUGGUGCUUUUUAAUGGCCGCGAGCUGACCAAUGACAAGCAAUCGCUUCAGCAGUUCGGUGUGCGCGACGGCGAUUGCAUUGUGCUGCAGCGACGUCGGAGCAAUCCCAAUCGUACCGCUGGCAACAAUCCAUCGAUAAGUCAUCUGGACUUUAGCAACAUUGCUGUGCCGGGCACGAGUACAACAGGUGGCAGUCCGCCCGCACAGAAUGCCGCUGCUGCCGGCACGCCCGGGCCCGUCAAUAUGCAGCAGCAGUUGCAGCAGCAGCUGCAACAGCAUCUGGAGCAGCAACAGCUCACCGAUGUGCCCAUGACAGAUGAGUUCAAUGUGAACUUUGAUGAUGAUCCGGCGAUAGUGCGUCAAAUGUUCUUGAAUAGUCCGGAGACGCUGGCACUGUUGCGUCAAUACAAUACGCGGCUGGCCGAGGCACUCGACUCGGGCGAUUCGGAGACAUUUGCGAGAGUUCUGCGGGAGCACAUUGCAGAGCGGAAGCGUCGCAAUGAGCAGCGCAUGCGCAUGCUGAAUGCGGAUCCGUUCGAUGAGGAGACACAGCGGCUCAUUGCCGAGGAGAUCAAGCAAAAGAACAUUCAGGACAACAUGGCAGCGGCCAUUGAAUACAAUCCGGAAAUCUUUGGCACUGUCACUAUGCUUUACAUCAACUGCAAGGUGAACGGUGUGCCGGUCAAGGCUUUCGUUGACUCUGGCGCACAGACGACAAUCAUGAGCAAGGAUUGUGCGGAGCGCUGCCAUGUUAAUCGUCUCAUUGAUACACGCUGGAACGGCGUUGCCAAAGGCGUCGGCACACAGCCCAUACUGGGCCGCAUACACAUGGUCCAGCUACAGAUUGAGAACGACCAUUUGACGUCCAGCUUUACAGUGUUGGGCCAACAGCCCAUGGACAUGCUAUUGGGCCUGGACAUGCUCAAGCGUCAUCAGUGCCUUAUCGACUUGCAGCGCAAUUUGCUGAUCAUUGGCACCACAGGCACGUCUACACCUUUUUUACCGGAAAGCGAACUGCCAGCCUGUGCCCGGCUCACAGGCAAUCCAGAGGAUAACGAACAGCAAGCCAUUGCCCAGGCAAUUGAGCAGAGCAAGCGCGAAAGUGGUGGAGCCAGCACCAGCAGCGCCAUGGCCACGGCCACGGCCACAGCCGCAGCUGCCGCAAGCACUGGGGCCAACUUUGAUAUAAGCAAUAUUAACUCAAUACAGCCGCUGGAUCGUUUCACGGAGCAGGAUGUCAACGAUUUGAUGCAGCUGGGCUAUCCGCGGGGCGAUGUGCUCACUGUGUUGAGGCUAUGCAAUGGCAAUAAGGCGGUCGCCAGCUCGAUGCUGCUCGGCCGGAAUGCGGCCGCCGGUGGUGGUGGACUUAGCUGAACGCUGGCUCCAUGGCGUUCAGCUACUGCACCUCCUCUACUGCUCUGGGAACAAUCAAAACCUUAUUGCAAUAUUAGAACCAUCAUCAAUGACAACACCAUCACCACCACCACCACCACCACCACCACAACAACAAACACAAACAGAACCACAACGAAUUCAAAAGCAAUAUCAACACAAUAACGAUUCCGAUAUAAUUUAACAUAGUUUUGCUAUUUGAAUUUAGAGCAAUUUUUGUCAAACUAAAAACAUUUUUAUAUACAUAUUAACUUAAACGUGUCUUUGUACAAUAGCUAAUUAAUCGAGAGAUUGAGAAAACUCAUAUGCCUAUCUUUUUUCUAGCACUUAAAUUUUAUUAAUUCGAAAGUCGACUUUUAUCUGUCUGGGAAUACGACCAGAUUGCAAAUACAACGAAUAACUAAUUUGAAACAUAUUGCAAACUAUGCCUGACUAUAUAAAAUACGCACUAUAAUUAUACAAAUUUGAGCUAGUAUUAAGAUUAUAAUCAUACAAAAAAAAAAAAACAAUAAUGUGAGAAGUGAAUUGGUUAAAUAAAAUGAGAAUUGUUUUGGAUUGGAACGGAAUGAAAAGGCUGCCCUCAAAA